UUCACCCUUCUGUUCGAAAAUGUCAUUAUCAUCCGGGAUCGGAAAAUGCAGCAAGAUCCGCCACAUAGUGUGGCUCCGGCAGAUGCUGCGGCGGUGGCGCAACAAGGCCCACAAUAAGUCGUCGUGGUCGAAGAGCCAGCGUACGCCCUCUGAUGUCCCCGCAGGACACGUGGCGGUGUGCGUGGGCAGCAACUACACGAGAUUCGUGGUGCGCGCUACCCACUUGAACCACCCGGUGUUCAAGAACCUUCUCUUCCACGCGGAGCAAGAGUACGGUUUCUCGAACCACGGUCCCCUCGCUAUUCCAUGCGACGAAGCCCUCUUCAAAGAGAUCCUCCGCUUCAUUUGCCGAUCUGACUCAUCGUCUUCCCGCUUCGUUAACCUCGAUGACCUCCAGAGAUACUGCCACGCUGGCAGCAUCCGUACCAACCUGGACUUUUUGCCCGACUCCAUGCCGUUACUCACUAACAACUAACUAACUUACUAACAGACUAUAGUUGGCGGUUCUGCAAUUAGUGAUAGCUAGUGAUGUAUUUAUUAUUAGUAGUAGUAGGUAUGUGGAGAAAUUAAACUAUAUUGGCGGUUUAAUUGUUGCUCUGAAGAAUGCUAAGGAGAUGGCAAAUUAGGGGUGGCAGAGUCACUACUACUGCGCACCACCCAGUCGUCCUGGGUUCCAAUCGGAGUGCAUGCACGCGCCGCUCCAUUCACAAAAAAAAAAUGAUUAUUCGUUGAACUAAUAGUUUAAUACUAUGUAAAGAUUUUUAUUAAAUUAAAAAUUUGGAGCAGCAUCAUAUUGGGGUGAAUUAUUAUUGUUUUGUACAGUGUGGCAUGUAUCGUGUGUUUGUUUGUGAUUUAUAGGAAUGGGAAUGAUGGUAGGCGUUGGUGGUGGGAGUUAUCAUGGCACCAUUGCACCAACCCACGUGAAAGCAAACUCUCUGUUACUGUGUUUCACUUUCACAGAAUCACUGCUUAUAUUCCACUUUCCAAAGUGCCACCAACCUGUCACAGCAACUCAUCAUUUUAAAAUAAAAUUAAUAUAUAC